AUUUUUUGAAGCACCUUCGUUUCCUCUGCCAACAUCACGCCUUUAGCAAGAUGCCUCACUCCUACGGUAUCAGAGCUCGUACGCGCUACCUUUUCCAACGUGGAUACAGAGAGCAUGGUCAAAUUCGUUUGUCCACGUACUUGAAGACCUACAAGAUCGGCGACAUCGUCGACAUUAAGGUCAACGGUGCUGUCCAAAAGGGUAUGCCCCACAAGUACUACCACGGCAAGACUGGUGUCGUCUACAACGUCACCCAGACCUCUGUCGGUGUCUUGAUUUACAAGAUUGUUGGCAACCGUUACAUGGAGAAGCGCGUCAACGUCCGUAUCGAGCACGUCAAGCACUCCAAGUGCCGUCAAGACUUCUUGGACCGCGUGAAGGCCAACGAGGUGAAGCGUAGAGAGGCUAGAGCCGAGGGCAAGACCGUUCAACUUCGUCGUCAAGCCGCUCUCCCUGUUGCUGCUCACGUCGUCUCUACUGAGGGCAACACCCCUGUCACCCUCCACCCUGUCGCUUACGACACCACCAUCUAAGUGGUUUGGUGCGAGGUAGGAAGAGCAAAAGCAGCUUCGACCGUAGUAGGAAUACAACGCUUGUUGAAUGUGGAAUA